UCAACCUUAAGUUUCGUUUUCAGAGGAAGAGGGAAACACGUCCCGGCUGGAAGGACUGCUGGAUUUCGGAUAUAUUUGGCUCAGUCUGCAAACGUCUGGUUGCUUUAAAUUCAGUAAGAAGGAAGAAGAGUGGAUAUUCAUCCCUUUGUGCAGUGCCUACUCAAUCAUCCAACCACCACUGCUGCAACAACAAUGGGUAUCAAUAAGAAGGCUGUAGCUGCUGCUGUCGGUGCCACAGCUGGAGCAGCUGGAACCAUCGCCCUGGCGAUUGUAGCCCUGCCAGCCGUGGGUUUCACUGCGACUGGCAUUGCUGCGGGCUCUUUUGCUGCUAGCAUGAUGUCAUCUGCCGCUAUCGCUAACGGAGGUGCAGUUGCAGCUGGGAGCUUAGUGGCAGUGCUCCAGUCUGCAGGAGUGAUUGGUCUGUCUGGAGGGGCAGUGGCUGCCGUGGGAACUGUAGGGGGCGCUGUUGGUGGAGCCCUGGCAGGUGCAGGUGCAUGGAUGCAUGAAGUGUUUGGCAAGACCAAUAAGAAGACUUCCAAAGGUGAUACUGGAGAUGACCCUAAAGACGGCACUAAGAAGUACCCCAAAAAUCAUGCUAAAGACACUACUGAUGAUGAGUCUGAGGAGGAGCUGAUGGAGCUGAUGGAAGGAUUAAGCUCCCAGAUGGAAACGGCAAAAGAAACAGGAACUGUCCCUUUUUAAAACAACAUGUACUGAAAAAGGCAUCAAUGACAUUCAAUGAGUGGCCAUAUUUCAUCUCAUUUGUGUUUUCUUUCCCAGUAAAUACAAAUAAAUAUGUGAGCUGUCUAA